UUUAAUGAAAACAAAUUCAUAACCGCGUGCUUCGCUUUGAAUUAGGAAAAGUGUUCGUGCUAAAAUGGUUAAAAAAGUUAAAACUAAGAAUGUCGCAGAUGCUGCGGAGGCAAAGGUCGCAGCUGUUCCGAUUAAAAAAAAGAUCGUGAAACCGGUACCAUCGACUAAAGUGAGCCCUGAGGAUAAAAAAGUAAAACCAGUAAAGAACGGAGCAGAUGCCAACACAAACGGCACUGCAAAAGGUCUUAAAAAAGCGCAAAAGCUUAAAGAGAAGGUCGAGGGAGACGGUGUAGUUCCUCAGAAUGAAGAACACGUUGCCGUGAAGAACCGAACCUCAAAAACUCCUGUGACCGAAGGUGCCAAGGAAUCUGUUGUCUCGGCUGAGAAGGUACAAUCGGUAGCUGAAGAAAAGCCUGAAACACCUGGCUCUAAUAGAAAGAAGAAUAAACUAAAACGUAAAAACGAAGUAAGAGUGCAAGAAAAUGGGGUUGGCGAAGCUGCGCCGGUAAAGAAAGCAAGAAAAGCGAAUAAGAAUAAGAAGAAGCCAGCCUCCGACCAUGAAAUACAAUUAAAACAUUUGGCAAAUCGAAUUAAGAUAGAAAAGAUAAAGAAAAAUCAAGUUAUCAUCAACUAUUUGAAUGCCUGGAAGGAUCGCCGGGAGAACUGGAAGUUUGAAAAGAAAAAGCAAAUCUAUAUCCAGGCCAAUAUUUUCGAUGAACAGAUUAUCGACGCUACCAUGUUCCCAAUAGCUGUGGAAUACUUAAGCGCGGCGAAAGGGAAAAGUCUAACGGAUCUGCUGGUUGCAGCUAGAUUUGUUGUCCAAGACAUCGAUGCUGCGCCCGACGCUGAUGCCAGCGCGAAGGAGAGCAGCAGGUACCAACGUGCAAGAGAAGUUUUGCAAUCUUUGGGAUAAAUAGUUUACAAUAAAGUUACAUUGAAACACAUAACCUUAAA